CUUCUGGGCGGGACCGGAAGCAGCCGUUCAUACGCUUUUUGUUGUUGUUGCAUAGACUAUUAAAGACAUAUUUUAUCAGUCAGCUAGCCACUACAACUCUUAAUUCCUUUAAAAACGGUUAUAACACCUACAUGAAGCGUCAUAUUAAUAUAUACGCAUUUGUUUGUUGAAGCUACUAUUACUACGUUAUAUCUCAUAUCGCUCGAGUUAGUGACCAUGGGCGAGGUGGAGCUGUCCUGUCGGGCCUACGUGAAGAUGUAUCUGCACGCCUGUCUGUUCCCGCGCUGCAGCAUCAACGGGCUGCUGCUGUCGUCCAGCCCGGCGGGAGGCCCGGUCUGUGUGACCGACUGUGUCCCGCUGCUCCACUCCCACCUGUCCCUGGCCCCCAUCACUCAGCUGGCCCUCACACAGGUGGAUGUGUGGUGUUCACAGACUCAGCAAAGGAUUGUGGGAUACUAUCAGGUCAACGCCUGCGUCUCAGAUAGCAACCCGACUCCGUGUGCCCUGAAGAUAGCCGAUAAGAUUUCGGAGCAGUUUGACAAUGCCGUUUUGUUGAUGCUCGACGGCAGCAAGAUGUCAUCAGACUAUCGGGUUCCUCCCAUCGUGAUGUACGAGCGCAAAGACUCAAGAUGGCUGCUGAAAGACAAACACACGAUAAUGCUGCGACAGUGGGAGGAGACUCGGGCGAUAGCCGGUCAGAUGCUGGAGUCGGGCGAUCACGCGCUAUUGGUGGAUUUCGACAGCCACUUGGACGACAUUACAAAGGACUGGACCAAUCAGAAACUGAACACCAAGAUAGCCGAGCUCGCCUCCCCGGCCAACGGGAACAUCUAGACGCAGACAAAGUAGCAGAGUCCAUAUUUAUCGUGUUGAUUUUAAUAACUACAAACCACACAGCACACAUUUUAGGUGGAUUUUUAAUGCAUUUCUCUCGACUGAACAGGGACGUAACAUGGAACAUGCAUAAAUAACAACAUAUUUACAGCUUGGUAGAUCUCUCUUCUCUCCCCCCCCCCCCCAAGAGUGUGCCUUGUGGUCCAGUCCAACACCCUUCAGAUUUAAAGGACACCAUUUCAACACUUUCACCAUGCACCUGUGGUCCCAUUUUUGUCUUUUGCUGUUUUGUUAAAUCCUAUCUUAUGUACAUUACAAAUUCUAGGGGGCUGGACAAAAAAACAGCAACACCUUU